CCACAGCAGUUGACAACUCAAAGAAAACAAAUAGACGGGCGAAACUUUGAUUGACAUUUCAAUUAAAUUACGGCCCAACUCGCUGUCGCUGUCGCUGGCGGGGAUGUUCCGAGUGCAGAAAGUUUUGCUCGCCGAAUACGAGGAGAUCUACGAGCCGGUGCUGGUGGAGAAUCCCUUCACCCUGGUGGACAUCCGCGGCGUGGGACUGCGCCAGUACCACAUAGGCCUCACCUGCAACCGCCUGCUCUUCGGCUGCGACAACUUCUCCAAGUACGGCGAUGAGCCGGGCUUCCUGGACCGCGGCCAGGACCCGGAGAUCGAGAGCUUCGAGCUGGUCAGCAUGCUGCCACUGCAGCUGAUCCGCUUCCACUUCUUCCGCAAGGCGACGCGCUGCCUCAUGAUGCUGAACAUUGUCCAGCCGCUGGGCAAGCCCCUGGCCAUUCUGGAGCACCCCAUGAUCUUCGAGUUCGGCGGCCACCUCUUCAAGCAGCACUUCUGGCACACGUGGCGCGAGCGGGUGGCCACCAUCCGGGUGAUGCAGCCGCUCUACGGCCAGAUCACCGGCGCCUCGCCCUUCUCCAGCACCGACGUCCAGCUGGACGAGGAGACCGUCUCGGUCCAGCUGCAUCCUCCGCCCAAAACCCCCUCCUCCUACAGCGCCUGCCAUGCGGGAGCAGGCGACUUCGGCUAGCCAUUCUGCCGGGGAUUUGGAGCCAGUUUCCAUUUUCUAUUAACGGAUUGGGCUUCGAGCUGCGAUUUGCCUGCCAUUCGGACAGCCGCCUGUUUAUUUAUUUAUAUUAAAAGCAAGCUGCUUUGGCCACCUUAAGAACCGCUAUUUUUGGUUGGCUAGAAAUAGCUUUGCAGCUGAGUCCUCGAACGC